AGUUGGGACGAAUGGUGACGUGCGCGUGGGAAUCGAAGGUCUUGCUGUCUCUGCCUUUCAUGGCAGCCAUCUCAACCGCAUUUCUCGGCAGUCUCUUUCGGACACCGCAAUGUAGUGACACUCUCGUUCUGAGCAUGCAGACCCCCCCAAGCCAACAUCUAGUUUGGUAGGAUGGCCAUAGUAGCUGAUCCGACUUCCUGGCGCAGCCUGGCGUUAGACGAUGGAAAUUAAGGGAUGACAAGGGGGAAAGGCUUGUGUCAGGGGCAUAGCUAGAAUACAGGAAUGAUGGACGCAGCGUUGCUGUCAGUUGAAGUGUGCACCGUAUUUUACAGUACGAAGCACCUGCUUGCACGAUGCCUCCUCGUUCAGUAGUGUGUGCAUCCAUCUGACACGUGGACCUCCACCUAGCAUGGAUGCUGCGGAAUCGGCGCUGGCUUUAGACAGCAGUAGUCACGUGACGUGUCGCGUCAGCUCUGCAGAGUUUAGGGUCCGGCACGUGGCACCAUUUGCUGCACACACGGCAUGCGCGACUUUUCUCGGUCCGGGCACGUCACGACAUCGGCCGUGAUUCAGCUACUAAGGGCGCGGUUCCGUAUGCUCUGACAAAAAAGUUCGGCAGUCGAGUAAAAGAUUCACAGAAUCACGCAUUGAACAACUUUAGACCGCUCGGUAGGCAAAUGCCUGGUCGGUCCCCCAUUGUCAUUUUCGAACCUGAGGUCGAAAACCCACCGCGCCCUACGAUGCUAAAAGUUACACGAGCUGAUGAGGUUGCGUUGCAAGUUGUGUGGGUUAAUAGGAGCAUGCUUGUCUUAUAGGAGCCCCUCUCGUACAUUCGGGAGUGCUAGGGCUAUCAGAAUGGCGCCGAAGCGCGGGUGCAAGAGGUCUUACGACGAGUGCAGUUAUGAUUCGUGUGAGUUGACGUGCCCUGAAAGCGCGAAUGUGCUAGUCAGUAAAGUUUUGCAAGAACACGCAAAAAUUAGAGAAAGGUAAUCGGAGAGGCUGGAGCUGUUUUCUUGUAAGGUGACGGGCACGCUAGGUUCCUUUUGUGAUGUGACGUUGGAGGCAUCUGAUGGAGAAACCAUACCUGCUCAUCGAUCUAUACUCGCUGCAUGGUUAGUGAUUUACUUUCCUUUUUUCCUCGCUUCUUUCUAUUGUCCCCAUGCGCCUCUAUUUUUGCCACUGUCCCUACAGUGCGCCGCUUGUUGACGUUUUCCUCCACAGGCUUACCACGUUCAAUUUCUUGAAGCCAGACAUGAUGGAAUGUCAUGAAAUCCUCAAGUCCAAGUUCCCCUGCAUGUACAGGUCCAGUCUAUGCAAGAAUGUUUAGCAGUGGGUUUCAGGAACAUCGCAAAAAGUGUCACGUUCGCAAAACGUUUACGCCAUUUUGGGCGAAGCACAAAGUUGGAGAUCAUCCGCCAAGUAUUUGUUAAUCGUUUCGAUUCAUGUGAACGGUUUGCGAGUGUUGCGCGGUUGAGAUGUUUUGCGGAUGCAUUGUUGUGGAAAGGUUACAAAAUA